GGCCGUCAGGUUUUUGAAGUAAGAAAAUCGCAAGAAAAUCAUCAAUAACUUUUGACUAAUUACCGUCGAAAAUGACGAUAUGAUUGGCAAAAAGAGGAAGCGUGUUGUUGGCAAUAUUACGUGGUCUAGGAGGGGUGGAUCUAAAGACGGGUCUUCUUCAUCUGGUAUCCGCCAGCCAAGUAUCUACCAUGCCUUGGUCGUCAUUUUCUUGGAGUUCUUUGCGUGGGGACUCCUCACAACCCCCAUGAUCACAGUAUUAGAUGAGACAUUUCCAAAUCACACAUUUCUUAUGAAUGGCCUCAUUCAAGGAAUUAAGGGUAUGCUGUCAUUCCUGAGUGCACCCCUGAUCGGUGCUUUGUCCGACGUGUUUGGACGCAAACCAUUCUUGUUGCUCACAGUGACCUUCACCUGUGCUCCGAUUCCUCUGAUGAGAAUCAGUCCAUGGUGGUAUUUUACCAUGAUCUCAAUCACUGGGGUGUUUGCUGUUACAUUCAGUGUUGUUUUCGCCUACGUAGCAGACGUGACAACCGAGGAGGAUCGUAGCGCCGCCUACGGACUCGUUUCAGCAACGUUUGCUGCUAGUCUUGUCACUAGUCCCGCUAUUGGUGCUUAUCUAGGACGAAUGUACAGCGAGAACUUUGUUAUAGCGUUAGCCACUACAGUAGCAAUGUUGGAUAUAUUUUUCAUUCUGGCGGCCGUGCCUGAGUCACUCCCCGAAAAGGUACGGCCGGCAUCAUGGGGAUCGCAGAUAUCAUGGGAAAAGGCAGAUCCAUUUGGGGCCCUGCGGAAGAUCGGUCAAGAUGAAAUGAUGAUCAUGUUGUGUGUUACCGUAUUUUUAUCGUACCUCCCAGAAGCUGGCGAAUACUCGUGUUUCUUUGUAUAUUUAAAACUGGUGAUGGGUUUCUCAGAAGAGUCAGUAGCGUCUUUUAUAGCUGUUGUAGGAGUGUUAUCAGUUUUAGCGCAGACAGCAAUAUUAGCACUUUUAAUGAAAUACCUAGGCAGCAAGCACACCAUCAUGGUUGGUCUAGUCUUUGAGCUUGUCCAAUUGGCGUGGUAUGGAUUUGGCUCUCAACCUUGGAUGAUGUGGGCUGCUGGGUGUGUCGCCUCCAUGUCCAGUAUAACCUACCCUGCCAUUAGUGCUUUUGUAUCAAGCCACGCGAGUGAGGACCAACAAGGAGUUGCCCAAGGCAUGGUGACUGGUAUCCGGGGAUUGUGCAAUGGACUAGGUCCAGCUCUGUAUGGCUUCAUCUUCUUCCUAUUCCACGUUGACCUAAAUCCGCAUGGGGAAGGGAAAGAUGAUGAAAAAGAGAACCUCACAUUGCCAUUGUUACAUAAGAUACACGAGAAAAUCAUGCCAGGGCCGCCAUUUGCAUUUGGAGCAGUGCUCGUCUUACUGGCUUUACUAGUUGCAAUCAUGAUUCCAAGCAAUCCACACGUCAAUCUCAAAGCACCGAGUAAACGUCUCGUUCAACCGAAAGUUGAGAAGUUCCCCAGGGAGACAGGUAUAAGAAUCCAAGAGGAGGAACCACUCAUGACAGACACAGACACCGCUUAGCCAUAACAUGUCGACGUCAUAGUCAUACGACGUGUACAAUCUAUCAGAAUGUGAUUUGUGGAAAUAUAGCCUCAAGGAGGUGAAAAUGUUGUGCUAUUCGUGGAAAAAUCAGGUCAAAAAUAACUCACUGGCUUGAUGACAUUGACCAAGCAUGAGCUCGUAAACCUGCGGCAUUAUUGCUCUAGUCCAGUGUUACAUUUUGCUGAUUUCACAUUGCCAGUUUUGCAAGGAAAAAGAACUGAUGUAACUGUUUGACUGGUAAUUUGUCCUGAUUGGGAAAAAUCUCACAGGCCUGUGAAUAAGGAUUUGUAACCUUAGGUUUAAGUUGUUCAAAACAAAAAAGUUGUUCUUGAUUGUCAAGCAUCGAAAUGUUUGUUCCAUUCAUCACUAAAUAUCUGAGCUAUUAUGGCAGAACAGUGAACUUUAAAAAGCCGUACUUCUUGUUGUGAAAUUAUUUCAAACUGCCAAACAAUCUGCAUUAUAUUGCAAUGACAUGUGUGUAUAAUUACAUUACUGACUUCAAUCAAAACUGAUAUUCAGAUCCCAAUCAAGCCUAAAGAGGUAAAAAAGAGAAAUAAUCUAGUGGUAUCACUCCAACAGUGAAACUGAAUUGCUGCAAAGACUUCCUGGCAGGUGUGGAUCCAAGGGCGGGGGUGGGGGCGCAUCAGUCCCAGACACAACCCCCCUUAUUCAUGAAAAUCUUUGAAUUUGACUUGAUGAAACUUUGGAACACAUCAGAAAGUUCAAUGAGAAAUGCGGGGCACCCCCCCUCUUUUUCUGGCUCCAGGCUCCACACCUGCCUGGUAUGCUGUAGUAAUUAAUAGUAUGAGCCGCUUUAGUGAGACUAAUGAAGUUGGCCAUGAUUUCGACAACUACGAACCCCAACAUUGAAGCUGGUGUGGGUCUCUUGUGUUCAUUUAGAUAAGGUUUGGAUGUUUUGCAUUGCCCUGAAGAUAUGUGCAGAAGACUGGUUCCAUGUGGGUCCAAAUGAAAGAAAGCAUUACCGUAACCUGGAAAUAUUUUAUGGCAUGUUUUCUUUGCAGUUUGCUCCCUGACUGCAAAUUCAGGCCUUUCAAUCGUUUGUACACCUUUACUCCUUGUAAAUCGUAAGCCUAUUUUGGGGAAAUUUUUUUUGUGCUACUCAGUCUAAUUUGGGGACAUUUUGUCUCGGCAAGCUGUUGAAGUUAAUUGGAAUUUCGGCAGCCAAAAUUUGAAGCACAUUUCUGAAUAUGCUUUCUCCUCCAGAUAAUGAUAAAUUAGGGGCCUUCAGGCAUUAAUAUAUACAUUUUAGGAGCAGAAUUCAAUAUUUGAGGUGCCGAAAAUGAGAGGGUCAAUUAUGCCUAAAAAAACCUUGAAAAAAUUGGAAAUGGAAUUUGUUUUGGGAUUGUAGAUGGUGUUACAUUUUGCAAUUGUAUAUUUUUUUCAGACCCAAAAAAGGCUAACUUAAAAUGCCAGCAAAGUUUUUCCAGGGUACGGUAUCAGACUGGUCAGGGAUACAAAAGGUUAAGGGGAAUUUUUUUAAAAAUUUGGAUCCCACAAAUGUGGAAUUGAGCAAGUGUUCAUUCUUGGUGUUGGGGUUUAAGGGCACUGUUAUAUUUGUGAUAACGCUGUGACGAUAUGUUACUUCUCAAUUAAAAGAACGUUUAGGGUGCUUUUUUUUAAGAAAUAAAAAAUCUAUUACUUAGAAAAAAAUUUGAAUUGAUGGUGUUCUGGUACGGGUUACAUUCUGGUAGUAUCAUACUUUGUGGAUGUUUAUAUGUUUAAUAAUAGUUCGUUCAUUUAUGUCAAGUUGGUGGACACUUUGUGUGAACUUUUAAUUCGGCUCUGUCCUGUCUCGUGACCGAACAGAGCGGUAUUUCAAGUGAGACAUUGACGUGUUUGAAAGCAGGAGGGUUGGGUGGCUGGUUUUAUUUUGAUAGAUCGGUGUUGAGUAUAGCCGGCAUGUGAAUGGUUUCACUCAGCCGAAAUUUUGACCUUGUCCUGUUCAUUACGCGUAAAAUGUGAAUCUAUAAAUGUUCAAAUGAAUACUUGGUGUCUUUGCUAUGCUGGAAAUCAGUUUUGCAUUUUUUAGCUCAGCUGAAAAGCUGAGCUAUUCAUAUGAGUAAAUGGUAGAAUGAGUGUCCGUCUGUCUGUCUGUCUGUCUGUCUGUCUGUCUGUCUGUCUGUCUGUCUGUCUGUCUGUCUGUCUGUCUGUCUGUCUGUCUGUCUGUCCGUUAAACAGGCACGUUUCAAAACUAUGGCGGAUAGGCGAUAGAUUUUCCCUCUGAGGCGUUGAGACCCUUCAGGACUCCUGAAUAGACCAAAUGUGGGUCCGGCAGGAUGAGCGGUUUGGCCACUAGGUGGCACCGAGCGAAAUUUUCCAAAAACUUUUCCAGCAGCUGAUUUCUCAGUUGGGGAUCAUGAAUCAAAUCUAAUUUUAUAGAGCAAAGCUUUCUCUUUCAUUAUCAAUAGGCGUAGUUCAUGAAUUUCUCACCAGGUGGUGUUACUGGCGCAAUUUAGUGAGCACCCUCCAAGAAGAGCAUUUUAAAUUUCGCGCGAGUUAUCCCACGUCCAAUCACACGUGCAGCGAACGUCACGUCUCGAGUCUGCGCAGUUCAGACGUAAGGAGACCAUGCUAUGGAAUAGAUCGCGUUCUGUCAAUUCAGAGGUAAGUUCUCAUUAAAUUCACAAUUUCAUAGGCGAUAAUAUUUGGCUGCUUGUGUUAUUGCAUGUUGAUGACAUUAGGGAAGGCUUGGAUUGUUUAAUUGGAUGUGAUUAAUUUGAAAUAGUUCGUCGACGAUCGUUGAAAAACGAUCUGCGAAAUGCAGCUUGGUUGGUCUGAGAAACGAUGUCAAAGUCCGGCUUUAAAUCAUGGAUUUCUCAACAAAUAACUCUUGUCACAUAGCAGAACUAAUGUGAAUAAACAAGACAAUAAUAAACAUCGUUCUGAUAUCAUCGGGUAAGGUUGCCAAUGUACAUAAACAGUGUAAUUGAGGAUCGACUCCAGCGAUUUGAAAUGUCAACAAACAAUAAAUGCGAUAGCUGAUACACACUGACACUUGCACACUGUACAUAGCACAAUGCUUCAAACGGGGCCGAUUCAUCACUCUUAUCACAAUGUAUUCCCAAUCAUAUCAUCAAUGAACUUCCUUGAUCAUUCGGCCCUAGCGCCUUAUCAGUUGUUGUUGGCCUUGUAUUUUGAUAUAAAACUUGGCUAGCUUACCUAUUCUAUCAAAAUUAAAAUGUUAUCUCCUCAUCAUGUUUUGCAGGACAGGAAUGAUCUGCAGCUGCAUUUGAACAUAUUUGGUGACCACAUCUCAAAGAUGACCAAGAGAGAGGAUCGAGCUAUGACUUUGCACAUCCCAUCGACUUCGGUGUUCACCAGUGCAAUCAUCAGAAGAGCCAGGCAAUUCUAGUAUUCAAGUAUUUCAUUCUGUAAUACUUACCUCAAAAUUUACUAAAUAAAGAAAACCACAUGUGGCAGUUGGUUAAAAAAAUCAAGUCUAUCUGUUUAAAGUUUUUACUUGCUAUCAUUAUUAUCAACAUUUCAAUGGUGGCAUUCUGCUAAGGUUUGUUAAGAGUUUCACUUGACUUAAGCAGGGUGUACACUAGUAAAAUAUUAGCAACAUUUUACCAACAUUUUACCAACAUUUUACCAACAUUUUACCAACAUUUUACCAACAUUUUACCAACAUUUUUACAACAAUUUUGCAACAAGCCCUUCAAGGCCCUGUGUUCACUAGCAACAAAUUAGCAACAUUUUUACAACAUGUUGGUAAAUUGUUGCAAACUUUUUAGUGGGAACAAAGGGAAAUAGGUAUUUUGGAGGGAAAAUGGAUGAUUCCAAGGAGAGAAGAUGUGUUUUGAGUGCUUCUGCAGCAAUUUUAGCUGUCAUUGUUGAGAGACGGAAGAGGCGGCGAAAUAACCAAAGAGAAUAUGGACCAGGCCCUGGAUCAAAAUGAGGGUGGAUGAUGGGGCAUACCACUGCCUGUUAAGGCCGCGUAUCCAUAGGGUAUGCCCUUGUGUAGUGUGGCGUUAUGGCGUAACAGCCUUGUGACCUGGCACUAUAGCUGCGCUUACACCACGAUAUAUUGGUGGACCAAUUGCACUUACACCACCACAUUGCCGCGACAAAUUGGUUCGGCAAUCCAUUGCCGAUACAAAUUGCCGAGCGAAUUUGUCCCACCAAGCUUGAUGGUCCAAAUCGCCCGGCUUGUUAAAAGCUCGGCUUUGUCGUGGUGUACGCGCAAAUGGAUCGGCAAUUAGCUAGUUAGAUGGUUCGGCUCCAGGCGGCGCUUUCAAAAUGGCGCUUUCUGCCAAGGCUUUCUGCGUUCUGCUUAUUGUUUGCGCGCCAUCUGUAGCCGGAUUUUAUAACUAGCUGCAGCGCUGGUGUAAGCGCUUGGUGGAUUUUCGAUGGUGCGGCAUUGGUUCCCGAACCAAGAUUGGUGGUCCAUUUUCAGGUGGUGUAAGUGCGGCUUAUGCCCUGCGUCUCCAUUGGAUAUUCCUUUUUGGUCAUGUAGGCCUUUGUAGUCCUCAUUUCGCAGCAGUCAAUCGCGUUUAUCCGCACGCUGUCAUUAUUUCAGAAGACAAUUUCUUAUGAAUAUUGAAAAUGAAAAUACAAGUAACUUGUAUUUUCACUUGCAACAUCAAAUUGACAUGUACAUGUAUAUAAAACCUGACUUUUAAGCAACAAAUUACAGGUUCGUGCUUGUUAUGAUAAUCAUCAGUUUCGGGGUCCCAGAGUAGUUCCCGUUGAUGAACCUCUUGAAUUAAUUUCGCCUCAGACAUUGCUUCCGUGUUGUUCCCUCGCAAAAGAAUGGACAUGUUCAAUCCCAAUAUGGGCCUAUAUUCCCAAUCCACAGUGCAUAUAUGCCCGCAAUGUGACACGGCAUAACCUAUGGGAACGAUCAAUAACACCAACGAAGGUUCAUUGUCCGUGUGGCGCGCCAGGCGGUAAAAAGGGAAUGUUGUGCAGGGCACGGAACAGCCUAUGGAUACGCAGCCUAAAGGAGUUGCGGCUGACUGACAAGCCGUCAUACAAAAACUUCUAGAAAAGGUUUCAUAACCCUACGAAGCAAGACACUCACUUGAGAGUUGCUAUACCUGCUUCUUGUUCAAGUCACAUGAACUCCGGUAGAUCACAUGACGCAAAUCCUAUUUCUGAUUGGCUGAAGAGUUUGCAACAUUUUUACAACAUGCAACAAAGAAUUGCAUUGCAUUUAAUUUGCAACAAUUUUACAACAUGUUGUAAGACGCGUUUUGCUCUGUACACACUACGCAACAUUUUUGCAACAUUUGUUGCAACUGGAAAUGUAAAAAUGUUGCUAAUAUUUUACUAGUGUACACAGGCCUUUAGGCAAUAAUGUUACCCUUUUAGUUAGGGAAACUGGUGCCUUCUGCAUUAGGUGGACCCCACUUACUCAUCUGUCAGACCGGCCUCACACGUCGGCAGUAGAGUUUAAGGUCCAGUCUGCGAGAUUUACCCAUUUCUACCCAGCCAAAAGCGGGUGAUUGGGCUAGUCUCUCCAUGUGAUUCAAUUCGCAUGGAUUCUUGUGUCCCGGUGCUGAAAGGAUCCCUCCACAAGGGCAGACUACAUCCGGUGGCACUGAAGUAUGGAAGAAAGACAGAAGACGACCAAUUUGCGAAAAGGAUCAUCAUCAUCAUCAUCAUGGUAACAGCUGAGGAUGAAUCAUGUUGCUGUGUGUAGAAUUGAUGGUCCAAUAUAGGUUAGGUUAUCUGUUUGCGCACACAUUGCAAGGGUGGAGCUUGCUUGAAGUAGAUUGCGCCAGUCUACCGCAAUUCACUGUUACACAUCCAGAAGCUAUUAUCCUUAGGCUUUGAGUCCUUAGUUUAGUAGAGUUUGACGAGUAAUGUAAUAUAUACGAACAACGCAGCAACAACUCAGCUGAGCGCCAGGCCCUUGGGCCUCUUGUUAUUCCUGCCCGACAAGGCCCUAUGUAUGUGGAAGACCGAUGGGUAUAUGUGUAUUGUAAGUGUUUGAGAGUGUAUUCGAGGCAGAUUGUUCUGCAGAUACGGCAGACAUGUUGUUUGGAGAAUACAGAUAGCUUAACACUGACUUGACAUUGUUGAUGCAAAUACAGCAGUAGUAUAGACCUAAUGAGCCUGGUAAUGAUCACCACAAUAAAAGAUCAUGAGAACUUGAUGUGGUGUUAUAUUUAUAAGCUUGAAGCUAGAUUACGUGAAGGAAAUUCUGUUCCAUUUCUCGGAGAAAAUAGUAUGUUUCUCGUAGUUAGUCGGCUGCUGAUAGAGAAUAUCAUCUAGAACUAUUGUGAUAGUAGCAUUAUCGUUUUAUAAUCGACUCUGCAGACCAGAAUUGCAUACAGGUUUUGUACCUCUAGGUUAUGUUUGAUAUUUUCUGAUAUACGUGUAUUGUACGAUAAUUGGUAUACACUCGUGAAAUCUACAUGUAUGUGCAGACUCUAGAAUUUGUUAUAGCUGCCUGCUGAUAGACACAUCUUUAUCACACAGUAUCAGGUGGAAUUUGAGUUCAGCAGUGCUCAAAAUAUUGCUUCAGAUCAUUAAGAAACCAAAAAAAGAAAAAGCAAUGGUUGAUCAACAUGUGGUACAUGUAUUAAAGGGAAAUGGGUUGCUGUGGAAACUUAUCAAUAGGUUGCUUGGGGAUAUUUGAUAUUCCAAGUGCCAUCAGUUUUCGUAUUACUGAAAAAACCUCUAUAAGGACAUGCUUGGUGUCAAGCAUUUGUGGACACCCUCCCUAUAGGGGAUAGUGAUUUGAUCCGAAAUGGUUUGUUUCUAUGCAACUUGACCUCUGUAAUCAGGACUAGGACACCCUUAGAACAGACAAAUGCUGGACCCGCCCUCUGUAGUGUAAGGGACAGUGAUUGUAGUUGAAAGUGGGUUGACCUCUGUAAUUUCUAGGACAUUACCGAAAACAGACCGACAUUUAGGAUGCAUCUCAACAAUUCCGAAUGCAGAAGAGGAAGAAGAAGAAAAGACUCUGUAAUCUGGUCAGGUUGCAUAGAAACAACCAAUUUUAUAUCAAAGUCGGUGUCCCUUAUAGAGAGGGUUUCCUGCUAAUAUAGGUGGCUGCUAAGGGACGUUUCACUGUAUUCAGUAAACAGGAAAGUUAACGUUCUCUUUGACUGCAAUUCUCAUAGUCAGUGGUCUAUAAUUUCUGAAGAAACUACCCCUUUACAUUCACUAGAAUACACUAGAAUGCACGAGAAUAACAGGCAAGUCUAAAGAGCAUCAACUUGUAUGCACAGUGUUGUAUAAACGCUGGUUGGAGCUUCACCUUGAUGUCCACUAUUGUACUAAAUGGUAAAUAUAUUUCUUACUGAUGUCAUUUGUAAUAAGGUGAUAUUUAGAAGUCAAUAUUUAUGUAUAAAAUUGUAAGUGAAAGUGGUCAUGUACAUGUUUGAUUUUUUGAACACUAAUUUUCAUAUUUUGUAUUGUUUUAAUUUUGCUUUUGCAGAUUUGUGCCAGGUUCUUCCAUUGAUGUUCAUGCUUAAAUUUUGUUCUGGCCAUUGGUGGAUUUUAUAACCAGUUUUUCAUGUAAAGUGUUCAUUCAUUGUGAUGUUGCUGUUAGAAUCUGCCUUAAAUUCAAGAUGGUUUCCAAGGUUUUUGAUUCAUAAUCUUUUAGCAAGAUUUUGAGAAAGAGAGUUUUAUUUUCAAAUCGAUAUGCCGUAUAUGCAGAUAUGUUUGCAAAUGAAAUUCUGAAAGGUCACGCCGUCAUUCCAGAUUGCACAAGAUGAUUUUCUACAGCCUGACAGCAUUCGACCAGCGGUCCCAAGCUUUCAGGCCAGAGAAAAUUAUCUCCGAACAGUUUACUCAGAUCAGCCACUCGUGCAGUUUCCAUUUUAAGGAAGUGUUUCACAGUGGCAUCAGUGAAUGAAUUGUUUUGCAGACAUAUUUGGGUAUACUGUGUUUAUGUGUGUACAUGUGAAUUCCAAUUGGAAAUGAACACUUUAAGUUGUCUAGCUUUGGCAUAAGCCUGGUCUGCAAAGCCAUAUAUGACAGUGAUAAAACAAAAAAAAAGAAGAAGAAUAUUGGGGUGAUAAAAAACAAAAGACAUAUGUGUAAUGUUGAUACGAAGUAACUGUAUGCAGUUCUCAAGACACGUCAAAACGAUUUUCAUUGUUCCAUUUUUUUGGUCCAUAUUUAGCUGAUAUUUUUGUGCUAAAUUACUGAGACAAAGAACAGUCCAAACUUUUUUGCAUAAAAUUUAAUUUCUCUUCUCAUUUUGGCUUUGUUUUGCCCUCGAAAGGAGUCUGAAAUGAUAAAAUGGAAAUCAGCAUUCUGGGUUAUUAAAUUGCCAAUCUGCAUUGAAAAUAAGGAGUUUUACGGUCAUGUAUAAAAUGGUUUUAAAGGUUUUAGUUGGCAUGUUUGAAUAUUGUUUCCAGUAUAAAAUUGGAUCACAUUAUUGAAUUUAUGGAUUAAAGGUUAAACAUUCUUCAGGGUCCAGGUUAAGUGGGAAGGGUGGUACAUAACGAUAUUUUGCAAAUUUGGAUAUUUGCUUGAGAUGGCCUAGAAGUGACACGGGACUCCGCCUCCUUAACCCUUAAAUGCCCAUCCAUACCAAAAAAUAUUUUACAGCAUGGCAGAUUCCAUGGGGGCGGCCUUUUUGGAAAUCAAGUGAUCUUGAGAGAGGAUGGUUAUGUUCCUUGAUUUUAGUGCAGAUAGCAGCAGUGGUGUCUCAGAUAGGCCUAUGUCACUGUGGGCAUUAGGUGGAUAAAUGAAGUGGGGUUGAUUGAUUUGGU